CAACUACAGGCAACCAUGGAGACUCUCACCACCAACAGUGGAUUAACUUCUGUUUUUACUGGAGACAACGUAACCCAGCAGUCCAAUUUGUGGAGACCGUGGACUGGAAAAGAGAAGAAAACUGACGCACACGAGACUCAUUCCAUGCAUGGGGGCCUUUCUGACGCAACGUACCCCAAAACUCCUCGGAUCGUUCACCCAGUGAAGUUGUACUGGCCGAAAUCGAGGUGCUUCGAUUAUCUGUACCAGGAGGCAGAAAUGCUCCUGCGCAACUAUCCGGUCCAAGCGACGAUCUGCCCCUAUGAGGACUCCGGCAGCGACGAGGAGAGCGAUGAGGAGGAGGAGGAGGUGGAAAAGGAGCAGAACUGAAUGUCACCCUUUGAGGCCUUUGAUGACAAAUUGUUACCUAAUGUGAUAAUAUAUAUUUCUCUUAAUUUAUUCCUGUAAAUACAUGUAAAUAGAUCUUUUUCAUUCUUAUCCC